ACACAUGAUUAAUUAUAUAUUAAAAUUAACUUAAAUAUAAAAAUAAAUUCAAACAGUUACAUCAUGAUUAACAUUAUAAAAUCAAUAUAUUCAGACUUAAAUUAGAAUAAAUUAAAAAAAUUUACACAUGAUAAAAUUAAAAUUAAAACCCCAUACAUCAUACAUAUAUAGUAGAAGGCGAACUUGAAUAUUUAGAUUGUUACGCAUUAAAAAAAAUUAUAAUCUUUAUAAAAAGUGAAUGUCACCAUACCUACGUAAAGUUGACGGAAUAAUAAAAAUUUAGAAUAGAAAAUUAGGAUUAAUUAAAUUUUGGCAAUAAGGCAGAAAUCUUCUCUACGGCCUGGUUGAACUGGGUUACGAAUGAAGUCCAAAUUUGGGCCCAAAACUUCCCGUGUGCAAAAUAUGGAAGAGCAGGCCCAUCCAAAUUCAGUUUCAGAACCCCAACCAGCUAAGCUUAAUUAAUCAUACUUUCUUUUUUUCCUCAGUUCCACAGCACACUCCCGAAUUUUGAAUCCAGUAACAAAUAGAUUUUGUUGAACACUUUCGAAAAGUAAGGCACGUUCAGAUCGCAGUGAUGGCCAAUGCUGACGUGGAAGCGGUGGAUUUCGAGCCGGAGGAAGAUGACCUCAUGGACGAGGACGCCGCCGGCGACGCCUCCCCUCAAGCUCCCAUGCCUAAGCUCAAGUCCGCCAUCACUGGCGGUGCUUCCGCCUCUCUUUCUGCCCCUAAGAAAACCAAGGGCCGUGGCUUCCGCGAGGAAGAUGCUGACCGCCACUCCCGUCUCGCCUCUCGCGACUUCGAGUCCCUUGGCACUGAUGGUGGCCCCGGUCCCCAGAGAUCUAUUGAAGGAUGGAUUAUUUUGGUCAGCGGUGUACAUGAGGAAGCCCAAGAGGAUGAUUUGCACAAUGCAUUUGGUGAAUUUGGUGAGAUCAAGAAUUUGCAUUUAAAUCUUGAUCGCCGCACUGGAUUUGUCAAGGGAUAUGCACUGAUUGAAUACGAAAAGUUUGAAGAAGCAAAGAAUGCCAUAUCAACAAUGGAUGGAGCAGAACUUCUUACACAAACCAUCAAUGUUGAUUGGGCCUUUAGCAAUGGACCUAGUGUUGGAGCCUUCAAACGAAAAAAUAUGAGAUCUGGACGGACACAUCGCUCCAGGAGUCCUAGGAGAAGAUACUAACUUGUUCCCUAUUUUGAGGGUUAGAACAAGAUAUUUCGAGAUUUGGUGCUUGAAAAUUUACUGAAAUCAUCCUGUUUCGUUUAUGGCGACUCAAGUGGAGUGGUGAUUGUGCUUUGUUUCCAAAUGCUGCUUUUCGGCUUUAUAUUUAACAACUUGGGGGGUAUUGCAACUUGCUAUUUGGUGUUCAUCUAUUUUUUUUUUUAAUUUUUAAGAUAUUAGUGAUGACAUUUUUUUUUCCUUAGUAAGCUUUCUCGUAUCAAGGUUGUGCUGAUUGGUUUUUAGACAUGGCAACUUAUGGGGGGAAAAAAUUAAAAUAUGACAACAGUGUGACAGAGCAAGAAAAAUUUGUAAAGCAUGAAUUAUGGAGGUAUAAAAGUUAGAUAUAAAUGUAUUUAAA